GACGGUCCAGGGUCUGAACCCGUUUCAGAGCCGAUAUCUCGGUCCUGACUCGGCCCUCGCGCCCCUACCUCCUCACACUCGUCACCGGCUCACCGCGGCGUUUUGUGUGUUUUUGGCCUCCCAGCUCCGAAGCGGCAGCCGAGGAGAAGCACUGGCCUCCCCCUCUUCCAGAUUGUGGCAAUCAAGAAUUUAAACCUCGCUACCAAAUGAGAUUUCCAAGACAUGGUUCCCGCUCAAGCAUUGGCAGAUGUUGAUGAAGAAAGAAAGCCUGAUAUCAUUGUUAAAUCUGAAGCUGAGGAGGUAAGCAGGGAAAAAAUGAUGACGAGUGACGCGGCGGGCUUGGUGUGCGUGAAUAACUGCGAGGACAAUGGAUUGUAUUCCGAGUCAUCAUGUGACCUGCGAAUGGUGGACGAUAUCAUGGAUCAGGAAAUUGAUAUUCUUGAUUGCAAUGAUGAUGUUGCUAUUGAGAAGGUUAAAGAUGAAGACCCUGAUACCACUGAAUACUCGAGCUCGUUUGGGGAGACAUUCUCGGGGUCUGACAAUGAGUCAGGGCUGAACCAGAGCAAUGUUGAAGUGGACUCGGGGUUUGGUGUGAUGAAUGGCGAUCCCGAUGUUUUUGAUAGGUUUAACAAGGUUUUCAAAAAGAAAAAGGUGACUGCUCAUUGGAGAAAAUUUGUCAGCCCUCUAAUGUGGAGGUGCCAGUGGUUAGAAUUGCGGAUCAAGGAACUGCAGUCGCAGGCAUUAAAAUAUGAUAAAAAACUUGGAGCAUAUAAGCAUGAAAAAGAGCUGCAGUCAAAAAUGGUUGAGUUGGAUGGUUCUGCAUCUAGAUCAGUGCCUCUGACUGGUAGAAGUCCCCAAAAAAAAGUCAUGAAGAGGAGAAAAAGAAAAAGAAAUGAAGAUAUAGCUGACAUAUCAUCAUAUAUGUCAAACCACCAUAUAUUCUCUUACUAUGAAAAUAAGAAAACUGAAACAGAUUGUCACUCAGUUGAUGAUGAUUGUG